AAAAUAAGGCUGUGAAAACCUCAUUGCAGAGCAUGCCAGUAACUUAACACUGGAAGUUGCCCUCAGAAGUUAGCGUCUCUACGCCUGGCAGUGUUGUAACUACAAACUAAAUCAUGGCAGGAAAGAGAGCAUUGGUAAUUCUGUCUAAAGGUGCAGAGGAGAUGGAAACGGUUAUUCCUGUGGACGUCAUGCGAAGAGCUGGGAUCGCAGUGACGGUUGCAGGACUGACGGGCAAAGAGCCAGUCCAGUGCAGCAGAAACGUCGUGAUCUGUCCUGAUGCCAGCCUGGAAGAUGCUAGCAAACAGGGCCCGUAUGAUGUGGUUCUUCUGCCAGGAGGAAUGCCAGGGGCCCAGAAUCUGGCAGAGUCUCCUGCUGUGAAGGAGGUGCUGAAGGCACAAGAUGGCAGAAAAGGCCUGAUUGCAGCCAUCUGUGCAGGUCCCACCGCUCUUCUGGCACAUGGCAUUGGCUACGGCAGCACAGUCACCACACAUCCUGCUAUGAAGGAAAAGAUGAUGAAUGGAGACCACUAUAAAUAUUCAGAGGCUCGAGUACAGAAGGAUGGACAUUACAUCACCAGCCGUGGGCCAGGAACUAGUUUCGAGUUUGCCCUGACGAUCGUUGAAGAACUUAUGGGGGCCGAAGUUGCAGCUCAAGUCAAGGCUCCUCUUAUUAUGAAAGACUGACUGUAGCCGUGUUCGCUUACAUCCUGCAAGCAGCACUGCCCGCUGUAUAAGUCUAGACCUACUGAGACAACUAAUUCAAUGUAGCUGGCACAAGGAGUCAAAGUCACCAGUAACAAAUCAUUCUCCGCAGAGGACAUAAGGCUUUUUCUGUUCUGACAGGUUAUUGUCUUUCUUCAUGAGCAAUGUAAGGCACCUAUGUUUUUCUUUUCACACUGAAAUACAACAUGGAUAAUCACUGCACAGACUUUCCAAAUUAGUCGUAAUAAAUUUUAUUUCAUUGUAGUUUUUCCCCACAAAUUGCUUGUUCAUUAUGUUGACAGCUUUUAUUCUUUCACUUGUCAUUAAAACAUGGACGUGAAGAAA